AUGGCGACUCAGUCUGGAGUGGAAAAUCCCACGCGGGUCGAAGUUGUGGCUGCACUUAUUUACAGAUGUGCGGUUGAUGCAUCUAAAGUGAGCUCAGGUUCUCUAAAACCAUCUGUUCUACGCCAAAUUAUGAACUUGAGGAAAAAGAUUGUCCCACCAUUGCCAGAGAAGUCUUUUGGGAACAUACUUUGGACUUAUGGGAUACACACUACACCGAGGCAUGAGUUCCAUGCCUCGGUGGGUCAGUUGAAGGCAGGGCUGGCACAUUUCUGUGAUACCUAUGGGAAAAAUUUCACAGGACAAGAACUGAUACGACUCAUGUUCAAGGAAGAGGCUAAAUCAGCCCAUUCCAACGAUAAUCACCAUGUCAAUAUGUAUAGAUGCACUAGUUGGUGUAGGUCUUCAUUAUACCAAACCGACUUUGGAUGGGGAAAACCCAUAUGGCUAAGUCCUACAGGCGUUGGUUCAAAGAAUAUAAUCUGUUUGACUGAUACCAGGGAAGGGGAUGGAAUUGAAGCAUUUGUUACUCUUGAAGAACAAGAAAUGGCUGUAUUUGAACGUGAUGAGGAGCUCCUUCCAUUCUCCUCUUUGAAUUAA